AAUCUUUCAUUAUGUAUCAAAAUAUUAACCAUUUUUACGCAAUCGUUAAUAAUUUUGUAACUAUUUUCUUAGUUAAAAAUUAAAAUACUAAAAUUUUGGAAUGUUGACCUUCAUGGGUCUCUUCCAAGUCAGUAUCAUGUUUUCAAAUCAAUAUUACUAAUAAAAAUUCUAACUGGAAGUUAACAUUUGGCUAAUAUUUAGUAUUUUGAUAGGUUUGGAUAAUAUAAAAGAAUCUGAAAAUUUUUUGGAUAAAAAAGAGAUUUUUUUUUUUUUUGCCAUUACUGGCAUAUGACUUCAUAUAUAUGGAUUGGACCGUAAUUGUCUUGGGCUUGGGUAUUCAAGUUUCUCAUGUCACGAGCCCGAUUCGGUAGGGGAUUUAGAAGUGGGCCUAAGAAUUUGUACCUAAAAACCGAUCACUUCAUUCAGCUCUUCUCGUAGUCUUCUUCAAUCAGAAGCUUGGAGAUAGGGAAACCAUAUUCCCGCUCGCCACCUGCUCGACGAUUUGCCGCAAUGCAGAGGGAGAGCUGUUCUCCUCUCGCCCAUGAAAUCAUCAAGCAUCGCCAUAUUCUCCUCCCACCCUACUCUCCAGCUACUGGAAAGAUGCAAGACCUUCGGAAAUCUCAGGCAAGUCCAUGCUCAAUUGCUCGUCACCGGCCUCGCUCUUCACACUUACCCUCUCAGCCGCCUUCUGUUCGUUUCAUCGUCAUCCUCUCCGCCGGCUCACACUCUCUGCAUCUUUAAUCAGAUACCCAACCCCACAAUUUUCCUCUUCAACACCGUCAUUUCCUGCUUCGCCAAUCACACAAAUCGGACCCAUCUCGCUUUCUCCCUCUACGAUCGUGCUCUGCAUCACCCGACCGUCGCGCCCAAUAGCUUCACUUUCCCAUCUCUAUUCAAAGCCUGUGGGUUUCGCCCGUGGGUUCGACAUGGCCUGCCUCUUCAUACCCAUGUGUUCAAAUUUCUUGAACCGCCCUAUGAUCAAUUUGUUCAGGCCUCGUUGCUGAAUUACUAUGCCAAUUGUGGGAAGCUGGAUCCCGCGAGACGACUGUUUGAUCGAAUCUGUCGGCCUGAUUUGGCGUCAUGGAACUCUAUUCUAGCUGCUUAUGCGCGGAGAGCUGCGGAAAACAGGGACGAAACUGAUGUCUCCAUUGAGACCUUACAUCUAUUCCAUGAGAUGCAGAGGAAUGCUAAUGUUAGGCCCAAUGAAGUCACCCUAGUGGCUGUUAUUGGCGCCUGUUCUAAUUUGGGCGCUCUCGGCCAAGGUGCGUGGGCGCAUCGACUAGUGCUGAAGAGCGGGCUGAAUUUGAAUCGCUAUGUGGGUACUGCUCUAAUCGAGAUGUAUUCCAAGAGUGGGCGGGUGGAUUUUGCACGGCAGGUGUUCGACCAAUUGCCUCACAGAGAUACCCUGUGCUACAACGCGAUGAUUGGAGGCUUUGCCAUGCAUGGAAAUGGGUUGCAGGCUCUUGAGCUUUGCGAAAAGAUGGAACUUGAGGGCCUAGCUCCUGACAAUGUAACAUUCGUCUUCGCGAUGUCGGCUUGUUCACAUAGCGGGUUAGUAGAGCAAGGGCAUAAAAUUUUUCAGUCCAUAAAGCAAGUUUAUGGGAUUGAACCAACUGUUGAGCACUAUGGAUGUGUAGUUGAUCUUCUGAUUCGCAAUGGCCGACUCAAAGAAGCCGAAGAAAGGGUCAAAGACAUGCCGGUGAAGCCAAAUGCAGUGAUAUGGAGGUCUCUCUUGGCAGGGGCUCGAAUCCACGGAGACUUGCAGUUGGGGGAAAUGGCACUCAAACAGCUGCUGCAGCUCGAGCCACAGAAGAGUGGGAAUUACGCGCUGUUAUCGAACAUGUACGCAUCAACCAACAAAUGGGAAGAGGUAAAGAAGGUCAGAGAGGCCAUGAAAGAGGCAGGGAUCAUCAAGUUCCCUGGCAGCUCACUGGUGGAGAUUGGUGGCACCAUGCACGAGUUCAUAACGGGAGACAGGACGCACCCAUGUUCGAGUGACGUGUUCGCCAUGGUGGAGGAGAUGAACAUGAGGUUGCAAGAACAUGGUCACAACCCGAACACGAGGGAAGUGUUAUUCGACAGAGAGGAAGAAGAUAAAGAAGAUGACCCGUCGUACACAGCGAGAGGCUGGCGAUUGCAUUCUCUCUGGCGGUGGCCGAUGAAGGUCGUUCGGAUGCUCCUGCUGUGAGAAUAAUGAAGAACCUUCGGGUUUGUGGGGAUUCCCAUGAGAGUCUUAAGCUUAUUUCUCGGGUCUAUGGGAGAGAAGUUAUGGUAAGGGAUCGAAGUAGGUUUCAUCACUUCAGAUAUGGGUCAUGUUCUUGUUUGGAUUACUGGUAAAUUGGCGGUGUUAAUCGGAUUUCUCACUGUAUUUCUAAACAUCUCAGUUUCUGGGAGUAUUGAGCUGGAGGUGACACAGGAAGAUAUCUUUAGAUUGUGCCAAUGACCGAUAAGGGUAUGGAGGCGAGCAUAUUUCAGAGUUUUGUGAAUCACUCUCUCGUCUCAUAAAUUGGUUUUGCGAAGUUGUGGAAGUAGCAGAUGAUGAAUUAGUAGCUCAAAAAAAUUAUCCUCUUAGCAUAGUUAGUAAAAUACGGUACGGGAAAGUUACGUGUAUAACAUACGUACGGAUAUUUUACUCUCUAAGCUAAUUUUACGUUUAAUAGUAUGUUAAUAAUAAUAAAUAUAUCAUAAUUAAUUAUUUUAAAAAUAAAUAAAUAAAUAAUAGUAAAGUUAACAAUUUAAUUCAUUAAAUAUGGAUAUUAAACGUGUUAUACGGGUUUUAUACGUGUUUAGUAUGGGAGCUAUCAAAUGAACGGAAAGAAAUGAAACGGCUUGACAAAAAUACGGAUACAAAAAUUUAAAACGAAUAAAAUACGUACAGGUACAUAUAUGUGUAUUAAAUGGAGUAUUUACUAAUUAUGCCACUUAGUUAUUGGAUUUGCUAGUAAAAGAAAGUUAAUAGUAUUUUGUACCCUCUAUUAUUUGUAAAUUAACAAAUGUAGCUUUCCGUCCAAUUAUCCGUUAAACAACCGUUUAAUGAGCUGAGAAUUUAUCUAACUGCCCCUCAUUUACGGCUAAUUUGAUUUAAAUUGUUUUAUGUCCCAACUCAAUUAUAAAAAAAAAAAAAAAAAAACUAAGCCCCUCCACUCACGACCCUUCGGUCUCCCUGAAGCCUCCCGAGAAGUCUCCCCUACCGAUAAAUGCUCCGCCCGAGGCCUACCCCCUCAAUAUCGUCGGCGGCUGGAGCAGAAAGUACCGGGGACGCGAAUGGGGUUCGAACGAUAGUGCAGAAACCCUUGCGAUGUUGUAUGUCUACGAUCUUACCCAUGUCACCAAUUACGGUUUCAGGAUUUUCCAUUCCGGCAUUGAAGUUCAUCGAAAGGAGUAUUGGAGCACAUGGCUUCCAAAUUAGUGGAUAUUUUUAAGUCAAGCCAAGAAACUGACCCGAUUACAUUUACAGAUGUUUCAUCCCAUUAUUUUCACAAAUGGUGCAAGAAAGAAAAUCCCAGGCUUUGUAAAGCGGUGAGAAGCUAGGAGUAGCUGAUAUACCCGCAAACAACGUUUUCUCUAUUAUGAGACAAUCCAAGUACCACAUCGGUAAUACAAGAGAAAGAACCCUUGUAUAUUAGUGUCCACCAAGCUCAUUAGUACGAGGCCUUUUGGGGAGGACAUCCAAGAGUAAAACUGAGGGCUUGGCCCAAAGCGGACAAUAUCUCGUACUAAUUGAGUGGCCCUGCGUUUGUCUGGCGGGUCAAAGGUGAUUCGCGUCUGUUUGGUGCAUCCAGGAGAGAUCCACGUUUGAUUUGAGAAGCAAAUAAAAAGAGAGUUCUACUUUUGGUAAAGUCCUUGUACCGAGAAGCCCAUCGAUACAAGGUGUCUGGCGGAUCAAGAUAAUCGCCGAGGUGAGGACACGAAGUUCGUGGUCCUUGUCUUGAGGGGAGGAUUGUUAUGGGACAAUCCAAGUACCACAUCGGUAACGCAAGGGAAGGAACCCUUGUAUAUUAGUGUCCACCAAGCUCAUUAGUACGAUGCCUUUUGGGGAGGACACCCAAGAGUAAAAUCGUGAGGGCUUG